UUAAGUAACAUCUGCCUCAGACAGCCAGGGUCCUGAAAGCUGAAGAUCUGUGAUUGGAGGAGCUCGAGCCCGCCUCGGAUUUCCAGUUAAUUUACUUUAAGGGUCAUCCAUCCUCACACGCCCGCCGCCACCCCCUCCCCUUACAUAAGCGCGUUGUGUAAGCGCGCCUGCUCCUUAAAUACCCGGCGAUGCAGCGGCAGGGCGCUCUUGUGAAUUUCAUCGGGCGGCGAUGGAGACCGGCGUGUGGACCACCGCAGAGAUCGUCGUGGGUCUCAGCCUCAGCGCACUUUAUGUCUUUACCCCCAGGGCACUCCUCCAUGUCCAGGGCGCGAGUCCACCUUCAGACGGCGCACACUAUCACGUGAUCCGGACCCUGGUCUGUGUAUGGCUGUCAAGCAACUUCAAACUCCUCCUCCUAAAGAAGAGGCGGGACUGCGCAGCUCGGAGUGCGCAGGCCACUUCCAAGCUCAUUGCAUUUUUGGCCAUUUUGCUGAACGCCUUUCAUGGGAACUGUAUGUCAAAAUUAUAUGGUGAUAAGCUCCCUCUAGUGGACAUCGCCUCCUGCCUCUUCUUCAUCCUCAGCAGUCUAAGCCACGUGUCAUUCACCAAGACAACAGCCGCAGCAGUGGUGGAGCUCAACAGACUGUUGACGGACCCCCAGUCGCUGACCUUGCACAUUGACUUCCUCGCCACAUGUGUGUUUGGGCUUCUCUGGCUCGCCUGUCCGGAUUGGCUGCUGGGAUUCCAGACCGAUGAACCUGAAGAUGACGCCUUCCACCUGCACCUCAUCCGGGCCUUUGGUGCCAUGAUGAUCGGAGACGGCUUUGUGGCGCUGGCUGCACAGAACCUGAAAACGAAACAGGAUGAGCCGCCCAUCUUCGCAGGCCGAGUUCUUGGGACCACCGUUCUUUUCUUACUUAUGAUCUACACCCUCACGACCACGUCUACAUGGAGGGGCAUCCACGUCUGGUUUGGAUUGGUGGGUGCGGGUGUGUGGACGGGGAAUUCAGUUCAGGGGUACCUGGAAUUGAAGAAGCGGGCUGGCAUCUGGGAUGUGACCAAGUCCAAAUGAACUUGCAGGAGAGGAAGCGAGAGCCUACCUGGCAUCGGGAUGAG